AGAUUUGUAACUUGUCUUUGUGUACAUUGUGAAUAUUGUGGAAACUCGACACCAGAUGGAGCAAUUAUUUUCAUUCUGGCUGCCGGCCGAAGAGAGAGACAUUGGAGUUUAAACAGAUAGAUGCGCAGUGACAUAACAAAGAGUGACGUCGAGUGACGACAUAACUGAACCUAUUGAAGUUAACCAUUGAGGUUAAGAUGAAAAACGAAUUCGAAGAAACGAACCCAAAGUGGUAUGAAGAAUAUUCUAAAGGAGAGGGACCUUAUAAACAUUCAAAGCUAGAAGUAGAAGUAUCGCAUUUAAGAAAUGAGGCAAAGAGAUAUUUGGAUUCGGAAAUUUCUGUUUUUCAAUUGAAAGAAUCAAAACGUACUGAUUCAGAAACAACAUGGUUGAGAACAGCAUUAACACAGGGUACAACAUCAGAUAAAGUAGCUGCUGCUAUUGUACUAGUGCAAGAUAAUCCAAAAUACAAUCUACCUCGGCUUGCAAAGCUUGUAAACCAAGUACGAGUUGCAAAGCACAAUCAGUGCAACAUGAUAAUAAAAUCCUUGAGAGAUCUGUUCUUGUUGGAUCUGCUUCAUCCUAAAUUCAAAUUAUUGAGAUUCGAGGAACAAAAUUUGGAUGAACUUGACAAAUUUAGUUCUGGUAGUACAGAUUUAUCAAGAAAAAAACUAAUGGCUCAUUGGUAUUUUGAGGACCAAUUACGUGAACAGUAUGAACACUUUGUAAUGUCUUUAGCUACUAUUGCAUCUGAUACAGUGGAUGCAAAUCGCGAGGUAGCGAUAUCAAUAAUGACAGAUUUAUUAAUAGGAAAUGCUGAACAAGAACAUAAAUUGUUGGAAUUGAUUGUUAAUAAAAUAGGAGAUCCAAGUACUAAAAUAGGAUCUAAAGUUAUAUUUUGUUUAAAUAAGUUAUUACAUGAACAUCCUAAUAUGAAGCUUGUUGUAUUACGAGAAGUUGAAAAAUUGUUAUUUAGAAAAAAUGUAGCACAGCGUGCCCAGUAUUAUGCAAUUUGCUUAUUAACACAAUUUCUUUUAAGCAAAAAGGAUGAGAAGCUUGCUUCUACACUUAUUGAAGUUUACUUUGCUUUCUUUAAAGCUUGUUUAAAAAAAGGAGAACCAGAUUCUAGAAUGAUGGCAGCAAUUUUAACUGGUGUAAAUAGGACAUAUCCAUUUGCAAAAAUGAAUUCAAAUAUAUUGGAUGGUUACAUAGAUUCUGUGUAUAAAGUUGUACAUAUUGGAUCUUUUAAUGUUUCUUUAAAUGCACUCAAUUUGUUAUACCAGAUUACAGGCAAAGAUGAAGCCCAAUCAACCAGAUUUUAUUCAACUUUCUAUCGGAAAUUAUUAGAUCCACAAAUUGGAAUAGCAAACAAACGUGCACUAUUUCUUAAUCUAUUGUUCCGAGUUCUCAAAAAUGAUCGUAAUAAACAACGUAUAUAUGCCUUUAUCAAAAGAAGUUUACAAAUCGCAUUAUAUUUUCCUGCAAAUAUGACGUGUGCUAUUUUGUAUGUAAUAUCCCAAGUUUUGCAUACACACAAAGGAUUGAAAACUAUAUUAUUAAAACCUCAAGAUUUUAUUAAAAUUGGAAAUAAAAAUGUUGAAUCUAAAGAUAGUUCAUUAAGUUCAGAAAAUAUCUCUUGUCCUGAUGAUGAUGAAAAAUUAGAAGACACUAUUUUAUUAACGAAUGUUAUAUCCGAACAUAAUAUAAAUGGGCAAACUCAAUGUGAAAAUGAAACAGAAAACAAUGUAAAAAUUGAUUUUGAUACACAUAAAGAGUAUGAUCCUUUUUGUCGCAAUCCCCUUUAUGCUGGAAUAACUAAGAAUUUAAAUACAGAGUUAAUAAUGUUAUCUAAGCAUUAUCAUCCAAGUGUUGCAUUAUUUGCAAAUACUACCCUUGAAGGGAAACCAAUUGAUUACACGGGAGAUCCAUUAGAAGAUUUAUCUUUAAUGCGUUUCUUGGAUCGUUAUGUUUUCAAAAAUCCCAAAAAAUUAGAAAACAAACGAGUGCACAAAAAGAAUGAUCCUUUAGCACAACGUGCAGGAUACACACCUAAGGGUAUUAGAUCCGUUCCGAUUGAUAGUAUGUCGUAUAUUAAUGAAACAGAAGGACGCAUUCCAGUUGACGAAUUAUAUUUAUACCGAUAUUUAAAAAAGAGAAAAGAAUUCAAACAUAAAUUUACAGUUGAAAAUGAUGAUGUAGAAAGUGUUAAUAGCGAAGAAUUUAAUGAUAUGUUAGACAGAUUAACAGAUAAUAAAGAUUUUGAAGAUUUAGAUAUUGCAGCUGACAUUCAAACUGUAAAAAAGAAGAAAGUAGGUACUGAGGAGGAAGAUGAAGAUUUUGAUGAUGGUAAAAGUGAAGAAAGUAAUUCUGAUGAUAUAGAAGAGUCAGGAGAAAGUUUAGAUGAAGAUAAUAUUGACGAUUCAUUACAAAAUUUAAGUGACAUUGACAUAGAUGAUGAUGAUAUAAGUGAUCUAGAGUUUGAUGAAGACAUCGAUGAUGAUGAUAUUGAAGAUGAUAACAAUAUUCAGUCAAAUAUAAAAACGCGGAAUAAAAAAUCGAAAGGAAUUGAUAAUAAUAUAUUUCUGUCAGCUGAAAAAUUUGCAGAAAUGUUAGAAGAACAUAGUAAGCAAAAAAGUAAAGCUGGUGGUACAAAUGCAUUUAAUACCGUGGAUGGUGCAAGUUCUAAACAAGUAGAAUGGGAGACCAAGCGACAUCAAAAUCUUAGAAAUUCUUUAAAUAAAAGUAAACGAAAAAGUUCUAAAAUUUAUAAAAAAAAUGUAAAAAAGAGUAAACGCUGAUUAAAUUAGAAACAUUUUUUUAUAUUACAUCUACUGUUUUUGCUUUCACCAGUUUGUUGUCACCAGAAUUGUGCACGUUACAUGUCAACAAUAUUUUAACGGUGGUAGCACAUUAAAAAUUUUGAGACAUUUAUAAAUUAUAAAAAAUGAAUAUUUUAAUUGAUAUGAUUAAUUAUACAAAUAAAGAAACUACAUAUAUACUUA